UGGUCAGCCCCACCUGCCUCUUCUUCCCCUUACACUUUUCUCUCCUGUUUUUGUAAUCCAUGGCAAGCGUGUGCAUCAUCUUAAUUACACGCUCAAGCGGAUUCGUUGCUGCUGCCACUAAUUGCGACAUGACAGCACGAUAGCAAGCUGAAUCAUCUAACGAUGACUGAGGAUACUUCGGUGCAAGCGGGCACACAAAGCAGAACCCACCGGAUUGGAAUGCUUUGGGAGCCGGGAGCUAAAGGCCACCCUCCAUCGGCAACCUGCAGACCAAUUAAAGAUCUCACGAUCUGGAUCGGAUGCUAAUCUUGACGCCCCUUUCGCCCGUGCUGGCAAGCUUGUCAGCCAUAAUGCAGACAUGACAGCCCUGUGAUCAAGCUCAAUGCGUGAUGAGAUUCUUCGCUUCGGUUGCAGCGUCUGAGCACGCAGUUGCCCACACAUGAAAACGAUUCUCCUUGUCUGCUGGUUCAGCUGUACAGUUGCUUCAGGGUCUCUCGCUAUAUAAACAAGGAAGCCAAAGCCAAGAAGAGACACCAUUGUAGCAGCUUGUCUUUGUCCUCUCUUCUAUUCUAGUAGCCUCAUAGCUUUCAUCAGUGCUAAGGAUGGCAUACCACAUGAGAUCUGCUAGCGUUCCUUCGAGCCCUCGCUCCAGCAAGACCAGUGUUGAGGAACAGCUACAGAGCCUGAAGGCAGCUGUCUCAUCGCCUUCAGCAACCAUCGAAACCAUGGUCGAUGGUCUCAGCAAGCUCGGGAGCAUCUACAUCCACAUAGAUGCCCUCACAGGCCUGCCCAGCAGCCAGAGGAGAGCAGUGGAAGAGGAGCUCGAGCGCUCCCUCGUCCUGCUCGACCUCUGCAGCGCCAUGAAAGAGAGCUUUGUGGAGCUCAAGGCCACUGUCCAGGAGAUGCAGAUGGCUCUCAGAAGAGGAGACGGCGUGGCUCUCCAAACCAAGAUACAGUGCUAUGUGCGCUCGGUCAAGAAGGCACAAAAGCUGUUCAAGAAGGUCAACAAGAAGGCUGCUACUGACAUCAAAGGAUGCAGGUUGAUCAACCUGGUCUCUGAAGCGAGGGAGAUUGCUGUGUCAAUCCUUGAAUCGACAUUGCAUCUCCUGUCGAAACAAAUCGCGAUGCCAAGUUCUAGCAAGUGGUCGCUUGUCUCCAAGUCGUUCCAAAAGAAGACAAUCAUGUGCAAUGCGGAGCAGUUGCAAGGGUUGGAAUUGGACAUUGUUGAUCUUGAGAGCGGAGUUGGGACAUUGUUCAGGACGUUGAUCCAGAGCAGAGUGGCUCUUCUUAAUACUCUUAGCUUGUAGACAGAUCAUACAACAACUCUGACCCCCUGCGAUUAGCAUCCGCCUUUUAGAGGAUUCGCUGAUCAUACAAACAAUUUUGUUGUGUGUACAUAUAUAUGAGAGAAUGUACAGAAAAUUACUCAAAUGAUAGGCAAAGUUUUUGGUCAAUUUCUUGUUGGCAA